AUGUCUAGUCCUUCAGCUAUUUCUACCAUGUUUCUUGUUGCUCUAGUGUUCAUGGGCACAGUAGCACCACCACCACAAGCCGAGGCGGCCCGUGCUUUCUUUGUGUUCGGUGACUCACUCGUCGACAAUGGCAACAACAACUACUUGGCCACCACCGCACGAGCCGACCGUCCGCCUUAUGGCAUCGACUACCCCACCCGCCGCCCCACCGGCCGCUUCUCAAACGGCUUUAACAUCCCUGACCUUAUAAGCCAACGGCUUGGUGCUGAGUCCGCAUUGCCAUACUUGAGCCCCCAGCUUACAGGACAAAAACUACUUGUCGGUGCAAACUUUGCUUCUGCCGGGAUCGGAAUCCUCAACGACACCGGUUUUCAGUUUGCAAACAUUAUAAGAAUCGCGCAGCAACUUCAGCUAUUCGAACAAUAUCAAAAACGACUGAGUGCGGUUAUUGGGAAAGACAAGGCAAAGCAGCUUGUCAACAAAGCUCUCAUCCUCAUAACGCUUGGUGGCAACGACUUUGUUAACAACUACUUCUUGGCACCAGUCACCGCAAGAAGGCUUCAAUUCACUAUCCCAGCUUAUUGCCGUUACCUCAUCUCCGAGUACCGCAAGGUUUUGAAGAGUACAGUCUAUAGAAGUGGCCACAUUGUCACCAUGUCUAGUCCUUCAGCUAUUUCUACCAUGUUUCUUGUUGCUCUAGUGUUCAUGGGCACAGUAGCACCACCACCACAAGCCGAGGCGGCCCGUGCUUUCUUUGUGUUCGGUGACUCACUCGUCGACAAUGGCAACAACAACUACUUGGCCACCACCGCACGAGCCGACCGUCCGCCUUAUGGCAUCGACUACCCCACCCGCCGCCCCACCGGCCGCUUCUCAAACGGCUUUAACAUCCCUGACCUUAUAAGCCAACGGCUUGGUGCUGAGUCCGCAUUGCCAUACUUGAGCCCCCAGCUUACAGGACAAAAACUACUUGUUUUGAACUCUAAAAGGUAG